AUGACCAACAUUGAAGAUCUGAUCUUUAAAGUGUAUCCAGAUGUAGCUCUUAUUGACCAAAAAGAUUAUCAAUGGAUGCGUGAAAGGGUAAUUUUAGCUGCCAGGAAUAUAAGCGUUGACCCCAUUAACAACAAAAUAAUGGCUAAAUUACCUGAUGACAGCGUUGACUUUGCUAUUGAUACCGUCAUAGAUCAAAAAGGCGUGGUACAUUAUCCUCGAGUAUUUUUAAACUCAUUUAAUCCUUGUGGACUACCCCCACAUUUAUUUAAAUUAAAAAUUGGCACUCCCAUUAUUUUAUAA